AAUGGCCAAUAAAACGUUUGUAAUAAGUGAGACCUCUCAAAAUGUUAAACAUAUACAGUGCACAGAACAUAGAUACAGAUGAGGCCCACUGUAAAUGCAAAAAAAUGAUUUUAAAUAAUCAGCCACGCAAUAAUAUAGCAACAUGCACCACUUGCUGACACUAUCAAUAAUUUUCACAAAUAGCUUAAGUGAAAAGAGCUAACAUAAAUGGCCAUGGAUAACUGAGCUUAGUACCAGUCAAUCAGAUCAUUAAGUCUGGUGACCUGCCCUUUCUUUUUAACCUUCGCCCACCGAGAGAGGUGGUGCAGUGGUUAGCACACUGGACUCGCAUUCGGGAGGAUGACGGUUCAAUCCCGUCUCCAGCCAACCUGAUUAUUGUUUUCCAUGACUUCCCUAAAUAGUUUCAGGCAAAUGACGGGAUGGUUCCUUUCAAAGGGCAUGGCCGAUUUCCUUCCCCAUCCUUCCCUAACCUGAGCUUUCGCUCCGUCUCUAAUGACCUCGUUGUCGACGGGACGUUAAACAACACCAACCUAACCUAACCUUCCCUAACCUCUCUAUCCCUCAGGUCACUCGCCCCAUCCCCUACCAAGGAAGGAACUCUUGGUUCCAAAAGCCAGGAAGUGUCACUUUUGUGAGCAUCUGUUGGCAAUACUAUACAUUUUGCCACCUGGGGUGAAGUGUUGGCCAGAAGAUCUGUCUAAUGGUUUUUUUAUGUGAGAUUAUGAAAUUAAUUCAUCGGUAAAAUGGUCACAUUAUAAAGAUUUCAUGGAAUUACUCCAUCUAAACAUAGCAUGUUGGUCACGAAAUUCACAAGUUAGUUGCGAACUAAGCAAAAAGAGGUAAGUUUGGAAAUACUGUAUUUUUUUGGGUGCAGUUGUCAAAACUACAUGGCAAAUGUUGUUGAGCAAAAUGACAUGCUUUCCCUUGUACUUAUCUCUACCAUAUCAUGAAUAUGAACCAAGAAAUCUCCUCCAUGGCUGUGUGUUUGGACGUCCACACAUAGUUCCCCAUUUUGCCACUGGAAGUUUUUGAAUAUUCUUCCUAUAAAAAAGAAGCUUUGAUGUUAAUUAUUUACUAAAUGGUUCAUGAAGAAAAUGGGAGUUAGUGAUGUGCAGUUUUUUGUUUUGUUUCUGACAGCUGUUGUGGACGUUGCCUUGGAAUGAUUGCAUGAAGCUCCAUGUUCACCAGGGUGUAGGAAUUUUAGCCUGUGAACUCAGUGUAUGUGUUUACUUACAAUAUCACGUAAUUCUUUAACAGAAAUUGGCAUGUAGUUCCACAAGUGCACACAAAUUUCUCAAGUGCCUGUCUGAUCUGUGGCAGUACGUCAGUUUUCAAAGAUGAAUAAAAAAAUGAAGCCAGAGUAACAAGCCACAUUUCAUAUAUCAUGGCAAAAAUGGUACAUAAAGCUCUAUAAUUUUCAGUGUAUUUGAUGCCCUUCGUGGUUCCAAUAACAAUUCAUCAGAACAGAACCAGAGAGCAGGGAGCAGCACAGCUUGUAGAAAGAUUGCUUAGUUUUGUGGUGUCUACUCAGUCUUUGCCAUACACAAGUUACACUAACAGGGGAAUGGUGACAACUCAUUACUGUCAUAUUCGUAAUUGUCUCUGUCAAAGGGAAAAUACAUUUAAAGUAAGUACAUGAAUAAAUAGAUCAGUUUUGUUCUUGAAUAUUUCAACAUUUGAGACUCCUCAAGUGGUACACUAAUUAAAAUGGAACCAAGCUGUAAUUGAUGCAAAUGCCCCACUAGCUUUGACAAAGGUGCAUCAGCAAAAGCAUUUACAACUGCAUGGUGCCUCUGGCCAUAGCCAAAACCAUUAUGGAUGUAGGUGUGGUAGGAUGUUGAUGACAGAAUUGCUUAAGUCCUUUUUGGAUAGUAGAGAUCUCAGUGAAGAUGUGUGAUUGCAGUCAUGAUGGGCAUAGCAUGCAUGUUUUGACACCCUACAGUAUCCAUGCAUGUGAGUGAUCCACAUCUACAGACUCGUAGACUACUGCAGAGACGAUGAGAAUUAGUAGAAUGCAGCAAAUUAAAUUUGAUAUAGUUGCUUACUAAAUGAUGCCAACUUGUAGACCUGUUUUCUGGGAUCAUAUUACUAGAAUUAGGCAUGGUGAUACGGAAGCAAUUGUUGUCUAUACUUAUAAUACAAUUAUGUUAGUUUUCAGGAAUUUCUUUCCGUGUGAGGUGCAUUAAUGUUGAUAGUGGUAUGACAAUAAAUCGUACCCCUUAUGCAUUGUUGGUUUUCUGGAAUCUUCGGAACUGAACAUGUUUUUUUCCAAAAGGGACAUUGUCAUGCUGUUAUGUUCAACACUGUAAUGGUCACGGACCAGAAUGCGAGGAGAGAGUUGUCAUUUGGGUUUCAAGAGGACCUGUUCUAUGUAAUUGCAUUGCACCAAGUUUAUUUUGACACUUUGCUAAAGUGAUGAAUUAAGAGUUUGGAAAUGUUUUGUUGGUUGUCAGGGUCAAAGUGAGUAAUGAUUCGGUUUAUUUGUGGAAGGUGCACACAAUUAUCUGUGAUGUCAGUGAGUGAACAGUAUUGCCAGUAGCUUCCAUUGGCAGAUCACAUUAUUAUUUGACUAGUUAUAAAAAGUCUACCACAGAUAGUCAUAACAUUGAAUGAUUAAUUCGGAAAAGUAAUACAGUAAUGCUAAACUUAGGUGCUGAAAUGAAAUUUAACUGUUAAUGUGAACAUGGUUGGGUGUAGGCAUUAUUGGGAUCUGUGUUUCUUACAAAACCAAUAAAUGACGUAUGGACUGCUAUCCUUUCAAGGUUACAUUUUUCACCCUAAUCCGAAGAACUUUAAUAUUAAUAAAGUAAAGAGACACAUAAUCUUAUUAGCCAACAGAGUCAGAUUCAAUUAACAGUGAAACAUUUUCUCUGCGAAUCAUUCCCCACCCAUGUCCAGUCACUGCAAAUUAAUAUAAAAGGAGGUAAUGAGGAGGCGACAAGCUGUGCUAUUAAGUUUAAUUUGGCAGAGACGUUAUACAAAAGUUCUACGAGCUGCAGAUAUAGAGAUAGUGUUUGAAUGUCUGUGUGUGCUGGGAUUGCCUUACAAGUACUGAAAGACAGUAUGCUGGGAUUCACAAUUGUAGUGUCUGUUCUUGCAUUCUGAACUUCUUGAUAGCUUCAUACAGCAGACCAGACUUUCAAAGAAUUACAUUAGUGCAGUGACUGUAUUUUACAGUGUCAGUAUAUUUUUAUGCAAUAUUUUUUCAGACAUGCAUGCAUGUCCAAAAGGAACAUUGCAUUGAACUAUACAGACACUGCACUAAUUUAUUUCAUGCCAAACCCAGUGAAAGCUGUUGAGAAAAAUAAAGAAGUGUCUCCCUUUGCACAACUCGCAUAAUUGUGUGAUGCCUAUAGAAAGCAGACACAAGGACAUAUGGAGACUUGGGUCAGUUGUGGAAGCAUGUUUGUAUAGCUGUUGUUAACACAACCACCUGUGACAAGCGGGAAAUCAGGAUAAAUUUCCAGUAAAUUACAUAGCUGUUGCGGUACCGUAUUCGCAGUCAGUGGUACGUUUCAUGUUUCAGGGUAGUGCCUGUGAUUUCUUAUGGAUGUUCUGUAUAGGCUGCUGCUGUUAAGUUUUAUAGGCAGGACCUGCAAAUGCGUAUUUCAUUUUUUCCUAAUGGUUAUUUUUCAGGUACAAUAAGGGUGUGUUGCCUUUAUGUACUGGAAGGAUUACAGCAUCACCGUUAUUCAUAUAUUGUUGCAGAUUUGUCUCCUCUUCACUUGAGGUGCUCAAACAUGUCUAAGUAUGCAGUGUGAGGAAUAUGGAAUUGACGAGAUGCCACAAGUCUUUGUGCACCCUAAAUUACCAGAAACUGUUGUUGUUGGUCCCUGGAAUGUGAAUGAACUUGAUCUGGAUAUGAAGCAACAAGAAGUAAUUGUUGAUGUAGCUUGUGGCAUUGCAGUUCUAAGAGGAGCUGAUGUUUUUGCACCUGGUGUGAUGGGGAUGCAAACAGGUACACAGAUUGGAGAUAUUGUAAGUGUUUUUGCAGAUGUCUCCAAAAAUUGCAAGAAAGGUUUGCAGUGUGUCUACCCUGAUGACCAGAAAUAUUUUGUUGGGAAUGGUAUUGUAAGGAUGUCAAGAAAACAACUCUAUGGCAAGGAUGCUCAGCCAAAUGGAGUGGCUGUAAGGAUGCUGUCUCGUCCUUCAGGGUGUCCCUCUGUUCCAUCACUUUUGGGUAUGGCAAUCCUGCAGAACCUACCAUCAAUACUUACAUGCCAUGCACUGGAUCUUUCACCAGGGCAUUAUGUUCUUGAUUGCUGUGCCGCUCCUGGGAACAAAACACUGCACAUAGCAAGUUUGAUGAAUGACAAGGGACGGAUUGUUGCUGUUGACAAGACACAGGGAAAAGUGAAUAUUAUUAAAAGAAAAUGUGAAGAGUUCUCUGUAAAAUGUGUGGAAACAUAUGUUGGGGACACUACAAAAUCAGUUCAAACCCCUGACACAAACAUGUGUAAGGCAGGUGAAGAUCACUCCUUGCCGCACUGCCCACUAUUUCCUCCUGAAUCAUUUGAUCGUGUCCUGUUAGAUGCACCAUGCAGUGCUUUGGGGCAGAGGCCACAGUUACGCAAUGAUAUCAGCAUACAACAGUUACAGUCAUACCCUAUUCUUCAGCGUAAACUUUUCAAAGCUGCAUACACUUUGCUGAAGCCAGGUGGUUAUCUUGUGUACAGUACAUGCACAGUGAAUGUAGCAGAAAACGAGGCAAUUGUUGGCUGGGCACUUAAGACAUACCCAGAGCUUGUUCUUGAGCCAAUAAUACCAAGUAUUGGAGGACCUGGAAUUCCUCAUGCUGGAAACCUGACAGAAGAACAGACUGAAUGUGUUCAGAGAUUUGGUCCACCAGUGGAGGGUUCUGUUAAGGGCUGUGAUACGGACACUGUUGGUUUCUUUAUUGCUCGUUUUCGAAAGAAAGUGCUGCACCAAAGUUGAUGGUGUCUGUGAUCUGUAUUCUCUCUGUAAGAAAUUGUAUUGAAGCUUUUACAUUAAAAUUUUUAUGAAAUUCUAA